AUGCCGAAAAGAGUCCUCGUAACAUAUGCUGUCGAUGUCGACGCCUGCGCUAACUGGAUCAAUACCCGGGAUGGUUCAUCUAUCAGUGCAAGCGAUGUAUCACGAGGUAUCUUCGGCGCGAAUGUCGGCACUGAUAGGAUGUUGAAACUAUUCGACGAUAACAACAUCAAAGCAUCGUUCUAUAUGCCAAGCCACACUAUUCUAUCUUUCCCAGAGCAGAUGGCGAAAGUGAGAGAUGCUGGACACGAAAUUGGUCUUCAUGGCUACACCCAUGAAUUCGUCCGUCUCCUGACCGAAGAGCAAGAGCGCAAAGUCAUGGCGAAAUCCAUCGAAGUCUACCAGCAAUUCACGGGCAAGUAUCCCAAGGGCUGGGUAGCUCCUGCAUGGGAGGUUGGACCAAAGACCAUGCAGAUCUUGGAAGACUUUGGCAUUGAGUACGACCACUCAAUGCUUCACCACGACUGCCAACCAUAUUACGUCGCGGAUGUUGCAGAAGACUCGAUCGUAUAUCCGGAUUAUAGCACCGACCCCGACACAUGGAUGAAGCCUAUGAAAGAGCAGAAACCGACGAAAGUGGUAGAGAUUCCUGGGUCCUGGAAUGUUGACGAUUGGCCGCCGAUGAACUACACCAAACGACCUGGUACGCAUGGCUUCGUCAAUCCCCGUGAUGUCGAGGUACAGUGGAAGGAUCAAUUCGACUUCUUCUACCGGGAGUACGACUCGUUCGUUUUCUGUGUUAGCUGCCAUCCCCAGGUCAGCGGCAAAUCGAACGUCAUGCUGAUGCACGAGCGCUUCAUCGAGUACCUCAAGACCAAGGAGGGGGUAGAGUUUGUCACCAUGGCGCAGGUGUGCGACGAGUUCAAGUCUGGGAAACUGCCCGGUGCGACUGUCAAGGCUGGGGCAAUUGCAUCAUGAUAGCCGAGGAGGUGGGAUAACGCUUUGUACAUAUGAAUCAUGAAAGGGGUAUACAUUUCGUC